AUGGCUGCCAUGGAUUUGGUGGCACAGGUGUGUAUUCCCUGCUUCCAUUCUGACCUCCACCGUCACCCACUGAUAGGUCUCUUGGUUUUGGCUGAUCAAUCACUGGGAAGUCAACGAGGGGAGGGCGACGAUUGUUACCUGCGAUGGUUGAAGCAGCGGCGACGCAUGCACAAACCUCGAUUUCGCGUAUUAUGUUUCUUCUAUAACGUCCUAAACCGAUUGUUGGCAUAUGAUCUCUUGAAAUCACACCUCAAUUGCUUCAAUUUUAUCAAGGUAAGCAAGGCGGAGGGUCAGGUGGCUCCACCGCUCGGGGGCGAUUCAAACAUAACGAAGGAUAUGGUGAUGGCGAUUCAAAGAAACUUUGCUUCACUAACUUUAGGAUUAGGGAGAACAAGAGAUAAAAAUGCAAACCCAUUUGUAUGGCUACUAACCUCAACUUCUCCUCCUACAUCAGAUGAUCGGCUGGGGAUUUUACACAUUCAUAAACCAUAUUUUUAUACAAGUCAAGUAGAAGAAUAUGAGUCCCAAGUUGAAGAAACACUUGAUCAAAACCCCAUAAAGUUCAAUAAGUUAGUAUCAGAUGCAAGGAUAGGUGACACCAUACCGACCACAACAAAAACCCAAAUCGGUUUUAUUGGUUUGUUGCUAUUGUGGUUCGUUAUUGAGUUGGAUAUAUUUUAUUUGUUAAAAAUAUGCCCUCAACCGAGAAUGAUAAGAAGGUUUGUUGACAAUCGUUAUUGAGCUGGAUAUGUUUUAUUUGUUAAAAAUAUGCCCUGAAACGAGAAUGGGAAGAAGGGAGGAAGUCCAAAACACAUAUAAUAGGUAUUGCUUUUGGAAAUGAAGUUCCUCUGGUCUUGGCCAGCUAGCAAGCUCUAGAAAGUGACAGCAAAAAAAUACCAGCUUGCUUGCAUAGAAUGAAGAAGUAUCCAAGGAUUUUUAAGUGUUUUGAAGAAAUAUGGCAUAGAGAAGACUAAGAUUCCAUGCAUUCAAUUCCACUCCAAUCUUACGUGUUAAAAGGCGUAUUAAAUAGCAGUUUUAAGACAUCAUCUACACAAAGUCCACCAAUAAUGGAAAGUUCACUUCCUUAAGGUGCAAUUUUUGUUUUUUUAAACAAAUAUAUAUAUAAAAAAAAAAAGUUUUUACAUCCUAUAGUGAAAAUGAAUAUGUAAAAAAUAGGAAUUUAAUUUUUUUUAAAAGUCAUUCUUAAAAUGUAAAGUUAUUUUGUUCAUAUUUCAAUUUUGCUGAAAAACCUAUCGCAUCCGACCCCCGCAACGCGGGGGUUCCCCACCUGGUUAACAUUUAUG